UGUAGCUACGAGAACACGCAGAAUGCGUCAACUCGAAGAGGACGGAUCGAAUCGAUUUUACGUUAAGAUGGUAACGCGCGCGUUGUGAUACUUCCGUUGAAAAAUGUUAGUAUUCGAAGAUUAUAAUUAUUUUCAUUCGUCUAAUUAUUCUUUCGUCGGAUGUGACGAUGUUUAUUCGGCUCGAUGCGGCUGUCGUCGACGUGCAGUAGAUCGUAGACGACAUAAAAGGAUCAAGGAAACUCGGUGUUCUUCGCUCGCUAACCAAUAAAACGUUUUAUACUUUAGCUUGUUAAGGGUAUCAAACUCGCUUCUUAUGACGUAAAUAAGUAUCUCAAAUGUUAUACGAUGAGUAAGGCAAGAGUGGGGUCGGAAUAUAUUCCGUUAGUGGAAGAGGACAUGUCGAAAGCGCGUGUUGUUUUACCUUUUGCUAAAUUAGCAUGGUUCACUGUCUCUUUACCGUUCUUGGCAUUUACCUUUUGCGUCAUGUGGUCUGUUAUAUACAAUUUCGAGCAUUCCACCUCCACUCAUUGUAAGGUGUAUAAUUUUUUACCAUCCGUAUCAGCAGCGAUUGGACAUUACAGACCACAGAGAGAUGUAUGGAAAAUUGCGAUUGCUGUGCAAGCAGUGAUAAGAGUUUUAGUGUUAGUUAUGUAUUGCCGUUAUUACAAAGAACAUAUUUAUAAAUGGGCACAAAGUAUAUGUAACAUUGCAAUUGUUACGUAUACCGUUGAAAACAUAUCCCUAGUUACUUUAAGCUUUUGGACGUCCGAUGAAAAUUAUGCCUUCCACAAAUUAUCUUUUAUAACAUUUUUGAUAAUGUCUUUUAUUCAUAUGGUUGUAACAUAUUUUAUUAUGAAAAAUUGUCGUAACGUUACAAGAGAAUCAUCGGAAACUGCUUCCAUGAAAUGGAAAUGGAGAGCAAUGGUGUUAAAUGUGCUGUCUACAAUAUGUGCAUGUUAUUUUUUCUAUAGGCAUAAUAGAUAUUGCGAGCCUCUAGUCUAUUCCAUGUUUGCGUUAAGCGAAUAUGGAGUUGUCCUUUCAAAUAUGGGAUAUCAUUCGACUGCUGCUUGGGAUUUUGCAAAUUCGCGUCUUAUGAUAUCGGGGACUGGAUUUCGAAUCAUUUAAUGCGGUAUUCUUACAAUCGUACAGUACGAACAGAGAUUUUCUUCGUUUUAUUUCUGUAUCCCGAAGUACAAAGAUUUGUGUGUAUAAUCGUGUAACAAGAGAUAUACAUAUGUACAUACAUGUAACAUACAUACACGUACACGUACACAUGCGCAUAAAUCAGUGAUAAAUAAUAAAUGAAUCUAUCGUCAUAUCAAAACAACAUGCAUUACGAGUAGAAAAUUCUUUGGGAUGGUUAAAAUUGA